ACUUCAGUAGGCUACACUCAAGCAGGGAUGGUCGGGCUCUAGGCUACUCUACUAAAGUCGGUACAGAAAGGGGAGGGGGCGUACCCUUAAGUAAACAAGCGACGCCUUUAGCUUUGGACGUGCAGGAAUAUAGAGGGAAGUUGAAUGCCGUGAGAGAGAGCGAGGUUAUAGUUGUGUUGGUGCAGCAGUACAUAUCGGGGAAGAAACGCGGAUAGUGCUAGUUACAGCAGUAAACGGCAAUAGCAGUGAUUUAUUUAUUUUGAGCUCUCUCUCUCUCUCUCUCUCUCUCUCUCUCUCUCUCUCUCUCUCUCUCUCCCGCUCUCUGUCCCUCCUCGUUCCCUCUCUCCCCCCAUCGUCUGGAAAAGGAGACGGGCUGAUGGAUCUGCAGGCAGCAGCAGCUACAUUACUUCUACUAGUGUGCGGGGCAAACUGUUUGUCCGUGACCAUCCUGAACCCCGAUCCCUCCCAUGUGAUCCGGGGCUCCAACCUGGUCCUCCGUGCCCGCAUCGACCACGGGCCCCUGGAGACGGUUGCCACGGUGACCUGGGAGCGGGAGCCGGAGACGGGGGACGCCAAGGGUAGAGAGGUGCUGGCCUCCUGCUCCCCGGGGGGGCCGGCGUGCCCUGGUCACAUGACCCUCGACGGGCAGCUUACGUCGCUGAGCGUCAACUCGUUCAGCGGAGACGACGGAGGGAUUUACUCGCUGACGGUGUCCGACCAGACGGGGCUUCCCUCCAGGGCCUACUGCGUCGUCCGCGAAUACGAGCCGGUGCAUCACGUGUCCGUGGGCGUCAAUGACUCCCACUCGUCGCUGGUCUGCACCGAGGCCUGGGGCACCGACCCCACCUUCAGCUGGCUCCACGACAGGGCCGCCGUCACCGCCGCGCUGGGCCGCGUCUCCCCCGACGGCAAGACGCUGGCGGUCAGCCACUCACCGCUCUGCGGCCACUUCACCUGCGUGGUCAGCAACAAGCUGGGCUACAGCUCGGCGACGUACACCGCAGCUCCUUGCGAGGCCGUGGAGUCUAGGGGCGUCGCGAUCGCGGUGGUGUGCGUCGUGAUGCUGCUGCUGCUGGCUAUGGGGAUGGCAGCUCUCAUGUGGUGGAGGCGGCGACUACUACGAAGCAGAGGAGAAUGUCUGCACAACCUGCUGGAAACCUGACCCCUAGAGUCACCCGCCCAUACAGGAAGUGGCCUGACCACUAGGGGUGGACUUCCUGUCCAUUCAGUGCUUUGGACAAUGUAUGAAGUGUGAACGGAUUCUAACGAUGGACUUAUUCAUUUUUAUACUUCACAAACACGACUAACCCUUUAUUCCAAUCAGAACUAAUUUUGUAACGCAUUUUUUUUUACAUGGUAUUGGUCUAAUGGGAGGCAGAAUAAAGCCCUGCAAUGUGACUCCCUCACCGAAGCAGCUUAUUUUUGGCAAUCAAAGAUAAGAAUAAUGAAGUGUAAUAGCUUAGUGGGAUGCUUCUAAUUGGAAAACAAGUCCAUAUUUUCGUAAAUCCCCUCCAAGCCCUUUGUUUCCCAUGUCCUUCUCUACACUUACGAUGAGACCGUCCAACAGUAAAGUUGACAGACUCUAAAUGGAACCUGGGUGUAGCGGGAGAUUGACGACAGGCAGGAGGCAGUAAGGGGAGAGUUCAUGUUGAGGACGGGGGGUACGAUAACGGUUACCAUCUGUCAUUCUGCCACAUCAGGGACUCAAUGCCAGAGAUCAGAUCUGCUCUGCGCUGUUAUUCUGAAAUCGACUCUUGAAGGAAGUAAGAGCCGAUAAAAGCAACUGGCCCUGCAGAGCUCAAAACAGACGGACGGAACAAUUAAAGACCGUAGUUGUUCCCUUGGGGACGGUGGAGCCGGAUAACGUUUAACCUGUACCUGCUGUUUAUAAACCACACUAUUAACACUUUACUAAAAUCCUGAUUCUACAAAAUAAAAACAAUUCAGUAAGACUCAAACUCUCACACUGGCCACAACAGCAGUCGUUCAUGUCUAAAAAGAAGAACAUGUCUGAAAUAGAAAUGUCCGCUGUGAGCCUUCUCAGUGCAACACGAUUGGAAAAAAUAAAACAGUAAAGAUCGGUCAAACCCAGAUUAAUGAGGGAGGUUUGGAAGGACAAGGAGACCAUCAGGAACGCUCCCAUCUACACGUCCACAUUUCCUGCAGAGGCCAAACCAUAACGUUAUUAUGACCGCACUUCCAAUAGACGCCAAAAAAACAAACUUUCCAAUAGGAUCCCUCUUCCGCUGAGAUUAAAAAACAAAAAGCCCCCCUCACACUCUCAACACGCAGACCCUGCGUUACACACCCAAAACAAACGCACCCAUCCUGCAAUUCUAUCUAAGAGCUAAUAGGCCUGAUAUACCCAUUGAGCACCAUGGGAAUUACCCACUCCUCUGGCUUAGUGAUGUGUGCCCCCAUCUGGCGAGCAGAUGAACUGUAUCUACUUCAGUACAGAGGCGGACACUUCUUAAAGGUGUAGUGUAGGAUUAAGCGGUAUCAAGUGGUGGUUUCAGAUUGCAACA